AGAAGAUCCAAUGCAAUUAGUUUUUUAGCACAUUUCAUUUGAGAUGCAAUACAUAUUUCCAUAAGAUGUGAGAUUUACAAAUAAAAUAUAGGAUAUUAUAUAAAAAUUAAAGAUAGCCUAGGAAUAGGCAAGAGUUGGUAAUCUUAUCGCUGUUGCUGAGUGUAUAAAAAGUAUUAUUCAUGCUCCAGAACGUACUUAAGAAGAAAUACUUAAAUAUACAAAUCUCUAUAACUAGGCAGUCACAUAUUUUAAUUAGAUCUCAUAAGCGAAUUGA